AACAUUCUGCUCAAGGCCGCAUCUUGACAAGCCUUGAUGCAACCUGCACACGGGAACUCUGGCUUGCACUGUUUCGUUCACUUGGCAUCGAAUGCAAGCUCCUGCCUUGCGAACGUGGUCCACUUCUUUCCUUCGUCAACGGAGAAACAUUUCCUGCGUCUUGUUACCUAAUCUCUUGCUUGGGCUAGGGCGAGCUCGGAGAAGCAGUCCUCGAACUUCUCGUUUGAGAAGUUUUACGAACAAAGUCCCUGGCUGGCCUUCAAGUAGAGCAGUUGAGUCGGAAGCAGCAGUGGACGCAAAGCCUUUGAGCAGUUGGGAGGUCUCGGAUCCAGUACGAUUCCGUUUAGUAUGUGGUGCAUCAACUUCUGAGUCGUUUCCUGUCGGAGACAUGCAAACAAGAUCCCUGAAAGUGAUACAAGUCAUGGGCUUGGUUCAUGUAUUGGUCUGCGGCAUGGUUGAAGGUGUAACUCUCCAGAGGCUGAGAUGGCAGGUCAAGAAAGUCUUGGCCAAGGAGGUCAAGGUCGCUCGCUUGGGGACCGAAUGCCCAAUCUUCCAUUACGGAUUGCGAAUGGAAAGGAAGGGGUGUAUGCAAUGGGGCAAAUGCGCCGAUACUUAGAGGACAAUUGCACGUUCAAGAUCGGCAUAGGACCGGGUAAGAGGGAGCAUUAUAACUAUCGGAAAGAAUGGCCAACUUGCACUUGGCAGAUCCCCGGUCGACCCAUUUGGGAAAUAUGAAGCCUCUGAGAAGGUGGCCUAUCAUAUUCAAGU